AUAUUAUUGAAUUUAAAUUUUUAUUCGAAGUACCUAAAUCCUUUGAAUUUAAAUUUGAGGUAUAUAUCUCUUUAGCAGAUGUUUUAUCACCAUUAAAUGAUAAUGGUUAUUUAAGUAGUGAUGAUGAAAUUGAAGCAGAAUUUAUUAAAACAUCAAAACAAAUUGAUUCAAGAACAUAUACAAUUAAUUUAAAUGGAGAAAGAAAAGCUAUCAUUUUUAUUGGUUGUUCUUUAGA